AGUCAAAGAAGAAGAAGAAGAAGAAGAGAUGGAGAAUCAGGUGCCAGGUUUUCGGUUCUAUCCAACAGAGGAAGAGCUAAUAUUGUUCUACCUCCACAACAAGCUACAUGGAAACAGACAAGAUCUAGAGUCGGUGAUUCCAGUCCUUUGCGUCUACGAGUUCAAGCCUUCCGAUCUCCCCCAGCUUGCUGGAGAAAGGUGUCGUGGUGACCCAGAGCAAUGGUUUUUCUUUACUCCAAGGCAAGAGAGAGAACUCAGGGGUGGAAGACCAAACCGCCUCACCACUUCAGGUUACUGGAAAGCCUCCGGUUCUCCUAGUUAUGUUUAUUCUUCAGAUAACAGAGCCAUCGGCGUAAAAAAAAGCAUGGUUUUCUACGUAGGAAGAUUUCCCACCGGAAGAAAAACUGAAUGGAAGAUGAAUGAGUACAGGGCCAUUGAUGGAGACGCACCCCGUCAAAGGAUGCAGUUCCAAAGGGUGCAGUUCCAAAGCUACAUCAGUAUGCUUGGUGGUUGUAUG